AUGAGCGUCCUCGCCGCCGCCACCGUCUCGGCGGCACCCCGUGCCGUUCCAUCGCGCCCCGCGCGUCGCCGCGCCCGCGCGUUGAGGGUAACCUCGCGCGCGCGCGAGGACUCCCCGUCGCAAUCUCCCGCCUCGGCCCGCCUCGGGACCCGCGGUCCGUCGUUCCACCGCGCCGUCUCGCUCGAGUCCCCGGCGUCGUCGUCCAAAAACGACGACGACGACGCGGCUCCCUUGGACGUCCCGGAGACCACGAACGCGGUGCCGUCCGACAUCGGCCAGACCGGCCAGUGGCCCCCGCUGCUCGUCUUCGUCAACGGCAAGAGCGGCGGGAGGCGGGGCGAGGCGCUGAGGGAAUCGCUUAUCGCCCGCAAAGAUCUCAACGCGCUGGCGUGCGUUGACCUGACGAUGCCCGGGGCGUCGCCGACGCCGGCGUUGAAGGAGUACGUGGGUAAGGUGCCGGAUCUGCGCGUGCUCGUGUGCGGCGGCGAUGGGACGGUCGCCUGGGUGCUGCAAGCGCUCGAGGAACUCACCGAGAUCGAGCACAAACCCCCAGUGGGCAUCUUACCCCUCGGCACCGGCAACGACCUCGCCAGGGUCUUCGGCUGGGGCGGGCGGUACGACGACGCGCUCGUGAAGAGACUCUCAAAGGCGCUCAAGACGGCGGAGCCAGCGCUCCUCGACCGAUGGGAGUGCAAGAUCGAACGACGUUCAGAGGCCCUCACUCCCGGCGUGGAACCCUUCGGCCAAGAGGGUUCCGUGAUCUUCCAGAACUACCUCGGCGUCGGCGUGGACGCCGCGGCGGCGCUCAAGUUCCACAGGGCGAGGGACGCCAACCCGCGCAUGUUUUUCAGCGCCGCGUCCAACAAGCUCAUGUACGGUUUAUUCGGGGCGUACGAUUUCGUGUUUCACUCGCACAGGGAUCUGCGCGAGCAGGUGAGGGUCAUCGCGGACGGCGAGGAGGUUGACUUACCCCGCGACGCGGAGGGGGUCAUCUUACUCAACAUCAACUCCUACGCGGGCGGUGAGUUUAUUUUCAUUUUCGUAUGGGCAAUUAGACUGACGUGGUUUUUUUUAACAGGGGUGAAGAUGUGGGAGAAGGGCAAGCGCGGGCGGUUUCGCAACUGGCUCGGCUCGUGGCUCUCAGGCGGAUACGGCGACUCGACGGAGGAGCGGUGGGAUUUGAGUAAGAACAUCGGCCCGGGUUCGAACCCCACCGGUGACGGUUUGGACGACGAGUUUAAGGAGAAGCCCAAGAAGCUCAGCGUGCGCGAGAAGGUUCGCGCGGUGUGGCGCAGGCGCAAGGCGAAGAGAGCGGCGGCGCGGCUUCAGCGAAGCUUUGGAAAAUCGCGCAAGGCGGAUGGCCUCGUCGACGUCGUCGUCGUCUACGGCGCCCUGCACCUCGGUCAGCUGUCGUGGGGCACGGACAGGCCCGUUCGCAUAUGCCAGGCGAGGCACGUCCGACUGGAGACCAAGCGCACGCUUCCCGUGCAGGCGGACGGCCAGCCGUGGGAGCAGCCCGCGAGCGUCUUUGACGUGUCGCUGCGCAACCGCGCCACCAUGCUUCGCGCGCCCAGAGGGCACCCGGGGUACGGCGCCGCGACGUGGCAGAGCACGCUGCCCACGCCGACGCGAGCCGCGUCGGAGGCGGCGCUGAGGAACGUGGCGGAGUGGCUGGACGAUAGGCCGGCGCGAGACGGGGAAGUGAGGUUCGGGUGGGAGACGUGGGAGGACCCGUUCUUCGACGACGCGGACUCUCGGCUCGACGUCCUAUGAGCGUUUGAGAAUCCGUUUCAAUCGAUUGUUUACCAGC